AUGGAUCUUAAAAAUGAAUCUGUAGUGACUGAGUUUAUUUUACUAGGAUUUUCUGGACAAUGGGAACUUUGUAUAUUCUUCUUUUUAGCAUUCUCCUUAAUCUAUAGUGCUGUUGUGUUGGGAAAUGUUCUCAUUAUGGUUACAGUAACAUUUAGCUCCACCCUUCAUUCUCCCAUGUACUUUCUACUUGGAAACCUCUCUUUUUUGGACAUGUGCCUCUCCACUGUCACCACCCCCAAGAUGAUCACAGGCUUGCUCACUGAACACAAGACCAUCUCCAUAUGGGGCUGCAUGACCCAGAUGUUUUUUAUGCACCUUUUUGGGGGUGCUGAGAUGACUCUUUUGAUAGCCAUGGCCUUUGACAGAUAUGUAGCCAUAUGUAAGCCCCUGCACUACAGGACAAUCAUGAACCACAGGUUGCUUGGUGGGUUUGUGAUACUUUCAUGGAUAAUUGGUUUUGCACACACCAUGAGCCAGAUGUUAUUAUUGGUGAACUUGCCUUUUUGUGGCCCCAAUGUUGUGGAUAAUAUAUUUUGUGACCUUCCCCUUGUGAUUAAGCUUGCUUGUAUAGAAACAUAUGCCCUGGAAUUAUUUGUCAUUGCUAACAGUGGGUUGCUCUCAUUGAUCUGUUUCAUUCUUCUGCUUAUCUCCUACAUGGUCAUCCUGGCCACUGUGUGGCAAAGAUCAUCUGGAGCACUUUCUAAGGCUCUGUCCACAUUGUCUGCACACAUCAUUGUAGUCACUCUGUUCUUUGGACCUUGUAUCUUUAUCUAUGCCUGGCCAUUCAAUAGUUUUGCAGGCAAUAACAUCCUUUCUGUAUUUUACACUGUUAUUACACCCUUACUAAACCCUAUUAUUUACACCCUGAGAAAUCAGAAAAUGCAAGGGGCCAUGAGAAAAUUAUGGUUCCUACUUAUUAGCUCCACACAGAACUUCUAG